AUGCCCGAGGAUCGGCAAGACUAUGAUGCAGUUAUCGUGGGAGCCGGCAUCGCUGGUCUGAACUGCGCCAAACACCUCCGAGCCGCUGGCCUAUCGACGAUAGUCCUCGAGGCUAGCUUCCAUAUUGGCGGUCGAUGCAGAACCUUGCAUGAGAGCGAUAUGAAAGCCCCGAAUUCCCAUGGUUGGUGGAUGUACACCGAAGGGAGUAUCGGCCGAGGCGAUGCUGCCCACUUCGAUGUUGGUGCUGAGUUCAUUCACGGCGACGGUACGAGCCUUUACAAAAUGGCUAAGGAAAAGGGAUGGAAUUUGCACAAGCUGUUCACGUGGGCACAGGGUGAUGGUGGUCCUAAUGACGAGAUGGUCAACGGCGGCGCUGGUUACUACUACGUGGAUGGAAAUCUGUAUCGUUUCGAUGAGUUACCCCCGGACUUUCGGGAAACCCACGAGGUUCUGUCGGGCAUGGCAAAGGAGUACCCAGUGGCUGGCAAGGAGGAUAUGGAGACGAUUUUGAGAUCGAGAGGAAUCUCAGAUCGUUCGGAGAGACUGGUCCAGGCUGGUUACGGCAACACUGCCGGCGGGGCAUUUAGAGUACUCAGUUGGCGGGCGAACUGUGAAGCGGAGCAUUUUUAUGAGCGCGAUGAUGGCGAGCACGACUUUCAAAUAGAGCAAGGAUUUGGUGAUGCUGUUGUUGGUGAACUUGAGAAGGACGCUGGGGAGGUACCUGUACCAGUUCUUCAGGGCAGCUACGGACCAGCUGAGAGCAUAAGCAUGAUCCCACCCUUACCCGCGUGGAAGAGGAACGCCAUACAGGAUGGUGACACUGUGGGUAGCAAGAUUGAUAUUUGUAUGAUAUACGAGAUUGACGAUAAACGUUCACGAUUGGCAAUAAACGUCCACAAUUGGCAAUAA